UGUCAAAAAUAAAAAUCACAACCACUUUCAAUGACACUUGCUCCACCGCUAAUUAUUGCCAAAAGCAUUUGCAUUUGUUUAGUUUUUAUUUUGGCAUUUAUUGCCAUUAGAUUAAUCGGUUUGGUCUUUUUGGUAUUUAUUAAAGAAAAAAAAGGAAAAUGUUCAGCUGAAGAAGUGAUUGCCCAAUUUUGGCGGCAGUCUAUAAAUAAGGUGGAGCGGUUAAAAUUGAAUUCUCUAAGAAUUUGAAUGCCAUGGCUUCAAAUUCUGAAAAUGGUUCAGCGAUAUUCGGAGCUGUUGCUAAUGGAGACCUUAAACAACUUAGAGCAAUUAGAAGAAAGGUUGACGAUGGGUGGGAGUUCCGGAAAAUUUGCGAUGAAUACUGCGAUUUCUCCACUGGCCAGACUGUGUUGCAUCACGCGGCUGGAAUCGGACAUUUUAAGAUUUGCAAAUUCUUGAUAGAGGACGUCAAAGUUCAUAUAGAUGCCUCGACUUACAAGAGGGAUACUCCUCUAGCAGAAGCUGUCAAAGGGGGACAUAUCAACAUUGUGAAGUUUAUCAUCAAUCAUCGUGGUGUAAUUGGUUUUGCAAAUUUUAUGGGAUUCACUCCAUUGCACUAUGCAGUUCUAAAAGAUAAUAGGGAGCUUGUGGAAUUGUUGCUGGUGGAAGGUGCUUUUCCAGAUCCUGAUUCUGUAGAUGGAACACCUUUACAAAUUGCUGUUUCUCUUGGAAAUGCUGAGGCUGUCAAGUCUCUCUUGUCUCAUGGCGCAAACCUAGCUUUUUAUUGUGCAGUUUCCGACACCCCUCUUGUAUGUGCAGUCAAGUCUCGCUCAUUUGAGUGCCUCAAUGUGCUGCUUGAGGCUGGUGCAAACCCAAAUUUGUAUUACACUGGUUUAAGUCCUUUGUCAUCUGCUGCAAAAGAAGGGGACACAAAAUUUCUUAAGCGCUUGCUUGAAGCUAAAGCAGAUCCAAAUUCAUUUCAAGCAGAUAUCUUUCAACCGAUUGAGGAUGCUGCUAUGGUGCGUAAUCGUGCAGCUGUGGAGAUUUUGUUUCCAGUGACUAAACGGCUUGUACAUCAUCCAAAAUGGACUGUCGAUGGCAUAAUCGAGCACUCUCAUUCUGAAGAAUUUAAAACAAUGAUGAAGAAGAAAAUGAUAAACAUCUUGGAAGCAUUAGAGCUCGGCGGGAAGCAGGAUGUGAUCAAUAAGGAAUACAACCAUUCCAUCGUAAAAUAUAGAAUGGCUACAAGGCUUGAUUUAUCUAACGCCACGUGGGUUUUAAAGCAAAGCGUGUGUGAAGCACGCAUGGGUUUACGCACUUAUGCUCUGUUUGAUGCUCAGAAAUGCAUUAGACUCAAGCCAAACUUCGCCUUCCCUCACCAUGAAGGAGAAAUUGCUAAUGAGAUAGCCAAGAAAUUCCUCAUGGCAUGCCUUGCCUUCUCGUUGGAUCCUUACAGCAUGGAAACCAGUCGUGCAUUUAGAGGGAGUUUGUUUGAUUACUUUGUGUGGUUGAGUCAGAUGAGCAGCAUGGACGACAUUCUUAAUUGUAUUCUGUCGUAGAAUUUCCCCAUAUUUUGGAAGGCAGAUAAUAUUGGAUCAUAUUCAGUUGUCAGAGUACAUUAAUUCAUAAUAAUAAUACAUUGUGCGUAAAUUGCGCUG